AUGACGCAACAAAGCACGUUCAACACAGCCACCGAUGAGUUUUUUCCCAAGGUGCAACACAGAUCCGGAUGGAAUAAGCCACCCUUUAAAAUUGACGGCCUGCAUCACUCUUCCUACCUGAUGCAACUGUACAACCUGGAGGCUUCGCUGCUGCUCGAGGAUUGGCUGGCAGAAGAUGAAAUUGUGAGUGGACUCGCCCUCGCUCUGCAGGACCUUCAAAGCGUGGUCUGGUUUCCGACUGUGAUAUGCCGGAAGGAAGGGAUAACGAGUAGCCUUUGGGACGAGAGCUCCCCAAAGAACGUUGGAAAACGGUUCUUGGCAAUCCCUAUCAGUCUGACUGAAACCCACUGGAUCCUUACGGUCACCGAUCGAGCCCAACACAAGAUCUACUGGUUUAACAGCCUUCCCAGCUGCUCCGACAUGGCAGUCUCCCUUCCUUUCAAAACAUGGAUGGAGAGUCACGAUCUGAUCGAACCUGACGAAAACUACAUCCACACCAGGGUACAGGUUACGCAGCAGCAGAACAGUUGGGCCUCCGGUCUGUACGUGCUCGAAAACGCGCGAGUCUUCUUUAGGGAGCCCUCCGUUCACCAUCAGAAUGGCCCCAAAGACUGGGUGCUCUCAAGACACUACAGAUGGCCAGUUCCUGUGCUUGGGCCCCUCGACGCCGCUGACAAGCAAUGCGCCUGGAUGAAGAUCGCCUGGAUUGCCUGGAUCCGGGCGGAGCUUGGACACAACGACUUCUCGCCGCUUCGCGUACCUGAGCUACCGACACUCCGAAGGAAUGCUGAAUGGAUGGCAGCGUACCGAGGGUACGGUGAUAUUAUCGUGCCUAACGGGGUGAGCUCUGUCAAUACCUUCGAUCCCGACCAGCUUCGUGCUGACAUCGACUACUGGAUGGGUGAAACUCCCAACGACAAGACAGCGGUUCCAGGGCCAAGCCUGAAACUCACACCAGCGUCCAUCUCAAUUGUUUUUGACACGUGGGUCAGCGGCGAAGCAGGCCUUAUGUUUAGCGAUUGGCUUGACGAGUCCGUCCAGUCGUACGCAUACACCCGAUAUCACUACGCGCUAGAGGAGCCCCCCGCAAAGUAUUCGAUACCAAUGCCGAUCGAGCGCGAAGAGGAGCCUGAGGAAUAUAAUGAUGAUGAGGAGGUUGGUGAUGAUGAGGGCGGCAACGACGAGAACAUCCAAGCUGAACUCGAUUUAGGAGGAUCGGAUUGGUCAUUCGGCGUAGACACUCACGCAGGCAUUACUGAUGCAGAAACUGAAAGGGAGAUAGUCCGCAUCAAGAACGAGGAGGUAUCGGCAGCAGCAUUCAUCCAGGAGAUCCCAACUCUGACCGCAAAGAACAAGGCUUUUCCGUCCAAAGCGCUGACGACGCAGACGAAGACAGCAGAAGGAAAAGCCACCGUGUUUGCAAUGAGAGCAAAGAAGCGUCGCAAUCCCGAAGCUGACCGAACGCCUUCGCCACAACUUCGACCCACGUUUUGUCACGAUGCAUCUCCCGUAGGAGCUCUGUCCCCAGACCAUAGUCCUGGCUGGACAGGGUGGAAGGCUCAGGUCGAAAGCCACAUCAUUAAGCACCUCCCAGACGGAGGGGAGUAA